UGUGAGGGAGGCUCGGAGGCUGACGCCGACUGCGCCUUGGUGCCGAGUGAAGCGCUCACCUGCACACCAGAGUCGCGCAAACUCCGGAGCUGCUCCACUCCCACAAACACGGUACCUUCCAGCCGUAGUCUGACCCAACAGAGAAAAGGACAAGGAGACGUCACACAAUUUGGGGAGAAGAUUUUAGGGCUCUCCCUUUUGUCUUUGUGGUUGCUCGCCCAGGCUGCUGUGGCUGUCGCUCGCUUCGUCCGCCGCGAUGAGGACUGACCUGGCUCUGUUCCUGACAGCAGCCCUUCUUCUUGACACAUUCCGGGUGAAUAAUGGCCAGCAUUCACCUAAAGGUCCUUGUCAACCUGGCUUCUCUCAAAGCUUCUAUUCUGUCUUGAUUCCAAGGGAUACACUACAAGGCCAGGCCAUACAUAAAGGCGCCAGUGUGUCAUCACAGACAGUAAACUUUGAUGACUGCAUGGGGAACAAAGCGGUGGUUUUCAAGAGCAGCGAUCCCAACUUCAGUGUGCGCACAGAUGGGUCCAUCUUUGCUCAGGCAGAGGGAGCUUCCUUGGCUGAGCCAAUCCAGUUUAAACUAACAGCAAGCGGUCCACAUUCUCACCUCUGGAAGACUGUGAUCCAGCUGGCACUGAUAGACCCCCCUGCACCUCAACAAAAUGAGCAUGAGGUCAAAACCAAAGAGGCGACGGUUGCUGAGAGGAAAGAGAAGAAGGAAGCAUUCCAAGCCCCACCUCCUGUCAUCAUGUUCUCCGGGGUCGGCUGGAACACCUCCAAGGGUCUCCGAAGGCAAAAGCGAGACUGGGUGAUCCCACCAAUCAACGUUGCUGAAAAUUCUCGAGGACCGUUCCCUCAGAUGCUCGUUAGUAUUCGUUCAGACCAGGACCAGGAUAUCUCCAUCCGAUACAGCAUCACUGGGGUGGGAGCAGAUCAGCCACCUAACGAGGUCUUCAACAUCGAGCCUGUGCUUGGAAAGAUGUUUGUCACCAAACCUCUGGAUCGAGAACAUCGGUCAUCUUACCAUCUCCGAGCACAUGCUGUGGACAUGAAUGGAAACAAAGUGGAGAACCCCAUUGAUCUGUAUAUCUUCGUUAUCGACAUGAACGACAACAGACCGGAGUUCAAGAACCAAGUCUACAAUGGCUCCGUGGAUGAAGGCUCAAAACCAGGAACCUAUGUCAUGCACCUGUCUGCCUUUGAUGCUGACGACAACACAACAGCCAACGGAAUGGUGCGCUAUCGAAUACUGUCUCAGACACCACACAGUCCCAUCCCAAACAUGUUCACCAUCAAUAGUGAGACGGGGGAUAUUGUGACCGUGGCUCCUGGUCUCGAUCGAGAGAAAGUGUCCCAGUACACUAUCAUCGUUCAAGCCACGGACAUGGAGGGCAACCUGAAUUUUGGUCUUUCCAACACGGCCACCGCCAUUAUCACGGUCACCGACAUAAACGACAACCCCCCCAUGCUGACCUCCAGAACGUUUUCCGGUGAGGUUCCUGAGAACCGGGUGGAUGUGGUGGUGGCUAACCUGACGGUGAUAGAUGCCGACCAACCGCAUUCCCCCAACUGGAAUGCUGUUUACAGGAUCAUCAGUGGCGAUCCAUCCGGUCACUUCACCAUUCGCACUGACCCUGUAAGCAACGAUGGCAUGGUGACUGUGGUAAAGGCAGUUGACUUUGAGAUGAACCGAGCCUUCAUGCUGACAGUUGUGGUGUCCAACCAGGCCCAUCUGGCCAGUGGGAUCCAGUCCUCCCUCCAGUCCACGGCGGGUGUAACCAUAUCUGUCCAGGAUGUCAAUGAACCCCCUUACUUCCCCACUAAUCCGAAACACAUCCGAUUUGAGGAGAGUGUUCCAGCUGGCACGAGUCUAACGACCUUUUCAGCCACAGAUCCCGAUCGCCUACAGAUGCAGCAGACAAUCAGGUACUCCAAGAUGAAUGAUCCUGCAGACUGGUUGUCUAUUAACAGAACCAAUGGGCAGAUAGUGACCACGGCGAUCCUCGACAGGGAGUCUGUCUAUGUGAAAAACAACAUAUAUGAAGCCACCUUCCUGGCAACAGAUAACGGCUCUCCUGCAGCCAGUGGCACCGGCACACUGCAGAUCUAUCUGAUAGACAUUAACGACAACCCUCCAGUGCUCAUACCCAGAGAAUCACAGAUCUGUGAGCAGAUGAACAAGAACGUCAACGGCAUCAAUAUCACCGCCGCUGACGCUGACACCGACUCCAACGCUGGGCCUUUUGUCUUUGAACUGCCGACUUAUCCUUCAAGCAUCAGACGCAACUGGACGAUUACACGAAUCAGUGGCAACUAUGCCCGCCUCAGUCUGCGAUACCAGGUCUAUUUGGAGCCAGGCAUGUAUGAGGUGCCGAUAACCGUGUCCGACUCGGGAAACCCUACGUUGUCCAACAGGUCUGUCAUCAAAGUAAAAGUGUGUCCGUGCGAUCCGAACGGGGACUGCACUACCGUGGGCGCUGUGGCAGCCGCCGGCCUCGGAACCGGCGCAAUCAUCUCCAUCCUGAUAUGCAUCAUUAUUCUGCUCAGCAUGGUCUUGCUGUUUGUGGUGUGGAUCAAGCGCAGAGAGAAGGAGAGGCACACCAAACAGCUGCUCAUUGACCCCGAGGAUGAUGUCAGGGACAACAUACUGAAAUACGAUGAAGAGGGAGGGGGAGAAGAGGACCAGGACUAUGACCUCAGCCAGCUGCAGCAGCCGGACUCUCUGGAGCACAUCAUCAACAAACCACCCGGUGUGCGCAGGGUGGACGAACGACCCGUUAUCGCAGAGUCCCAGUACCCGAUCAGGCCUGUUGUGCCUCACCCCGGUGACAUCGGGGACUUUAUCCAUGAGGGGCUACGAGCAGCUGACAAUGACCCCACUGCGCCCCCUUAUGACUCUCUGCUUGUGUUCGACUAUGAGGGCAGCGGCUCCACCACAGGAUCGGUCAGUUCUCUCAACUCCUCCAGUACGGGGGAGCAGGACUACGACUACCUCAACGACUGGGGGCCCCGCUUCAAGAAGCUGGCCGACAUGUAUGGAGGGGGGGAAGAGGAUUAAAUCUCACAGGAACACACACACACUCACGACACCCUCGCCCUGUCCGCUGGCCUGCCAUUCUCUGUCCCGUCAACACCGAUCAACCAAAUCAGACUCGAAACUCCAGAAGUCUGGCACUGUUCCACGUUUGGCUGAAACAGAAGCUUUGAAUUGCUGGGUUAUUGUCAUUUUUCAUGUGAACACUCAAGCCCGAUUUUGGCUUCAGUCGUUUCUGUUCGAGUUUUUUGUGUGUGCCUUUUUUCCCUGUGGCUUUUUUAGUUUCAGUUUUCUUUUUCACUCCACAACAAGAGUCAUUCCUUGUUCCUGACGGUUUUCACUUUCCACUCACUGUCAGCCCCUGCCUGCCUCCCUGCAGAAGCUUUAAAUUUGAGCAUCUUUGUCUUGGGGGGUAGCAGACAAAAAAGAACAAGAACCCUGAUAUGACAGUCCCUCCUGUGUGGUGGGGGGGGGGGGC